AUGCCUCCUGCACGUCCCGCCAGACGAGGUCUGGUCUCGAACGAGAAUGACGAGAACAGCGGAUCGACGCGUAUGACGCGUGCAAAGGCUGCCGCUGCCCUCAACACCGACGACCUCGCCGUGCCCAACAAGCCCCUUCAGUCCAAGAAGACUGGACUCAGUGUGAAUGCCCAAGGUGCCCAGCGGAAACGCCCUGCCCUUGGUGAUGUCAGCAACGUCACCAAGGUUGAGAUCAACGAUGGAAAGAAGGUAGCUGGCAAGGCCGGUCUUGUCUCCAAGGCCGCCCAGCCUACCGGCAUUCAGAAGAAGAGCAGCGUUGUUCGAACGGCCCUUCAGCCCAAGGAGUCCAACAAGCCGGCCCAAGUGAAGCGGUCGGGCCCCGGUGCCAUUAGCGUUCAGAAGCGAAAGACCUCCGGCUCCCGGUCAUCCUCAUUGACCGUCAAAGAGGAGAAGGCCGAUGAGGGAGAGCCUCUUCGGAAGAAGGUCCAUGCGCUCGAAGUCGAGAAGAAAGCCAUCAAGGCUGAAGAGAACAAGGAGAAUGCUUCGUCCAAAGCUCCCGUUGGCCCUGAGCCGCAGUCUCAGGCCCCCCUGUACCCGCCCGGCGUUCCUGCCCUCGACGAUGAGGACAUGGACGAUCCAUUGAUGGUUGCCGAGUACGCCAUCGAGAUCUUCGACUACCUACGCGACCUUGAGUGCAACUCGAUUCCCAACCCUCAGUACAUGUCGCACCAAGAUGAUCUCGAGUGGAAGACUCGUGGCAUUCUCAUCGACUGGCUCAUCGAGGUUCACACUCGCUUCCACCUUCUCCCCGAGACUCUGUUCCUGACGGUCAACAUCAUUGAUCGCUUCCUCUCGGAGAAGGUUGUGCAGCUGGACCGCCUCCAACUUGUCGGCAUCACUGCUAUGUUCAUUGCUGCCAAGUACGAGGAGGUCAUCUCUCCUCACGUCUCCAACUUCCGCCACGUCGCCGACGAUGGCUUCAGUGAAUCGGAGAUUCUGAGCGCUGAGCGGUUUGUUCUUGGAGCCCUCAACUUUGAUCUCAGCUACCCUAAUCCCAUGAACUUCCUUCGCCGAAUUUCGAAGGCGGAUAACUAUGACAUACACGCCCGAACUAUUGGUAAGUACCUCAUGGAGAUUAGCCUGCUCGACCAUCGUUUCAUGGGUUACCGACCCAGCCACAUCGCUGCCGCUGCCAUGUACCUGGCGCGCAUGAUCCUCAACCGAGGCGAAUGGGAUGACACUCUGGCUUUCUAUGCCGGCUACACCGAGGAGGAGAUCCAGCCCGUCUUUGAGCUGAUGGUCGACUACCUUGCCCGCCCCACUGUCCAUGAGGCAUUCUUCAAGAAGUAUGCCAGCAAGCGCUUUCUCAAGGCCUCCAUUCUUACUCGGCAAUGGGCGCGGAAGCACGCAUGCGCCUUUGGCAUCGUAGACGUCGACCUCACCCUUGACCAGAUCUCGUGA